ACCAACUUGUUGUCAUCAUGGCUGCCAUAAAUGUUGUGAUCGAUCUCGUGGAUCUUCAAUGUGAACUUAAUUUCUAUUUACACGAGAGGAAUUCUUGAAAAUUUCUUUUUUUUUAUUGGAAAACUGUACAUGGAUGAGUAGUGAUAUGUUGUAUUGAAUUACUAGAUAAAAGGCGUUAUUUAUUUUGGUUUCCAACAACAAGUUCAGCAAUCUUUACUGUCAUCAGCAAGUGCGCACACGUUGAUUCGGUCAAUACUCUCAGAGGCCAGUACAUUCGAGUUAUUAAAUCAGCUAUUUAAUGUGAUACAACAUGGGGAAUUGUUUAUGUAAACGGAAACGUGAACCUAAAAGGAAGAUAACAUUGGGAAUAUUUGGUUUAGACAAUGCUGGCAAAACAACUACAGUAAAGGUCUUAGCUGGAGAUCCCCACACAGAAACUGCCCCUACUGUGGGUUUUAACCAGGAGGAUAUAGGAAUACACCAUUAUGAUAUUACAUUUUACGAUUUGGGGGGCGGCAAAAAAAUCCGGGACAUCUGGCAGACGUACUUCCCGGAGAUUUACGGAGUGGUGUAUGUAGUCGAUUCAACUGCAUCCGACAGAAUGGAUGAAAUCAAAGAGAAUCUGCAGAUGUUAUUGGAGGAUGAGAAAGUUAGCGGAAAGCCCAUUUUACUUUUAGCCAACAAACAAGACCAGGAGACGGCCCUUGAUGAAGUAGACAUCAUGGAACAGUUAAAUCUAGAGAACACGGUUAACAUCAACAGGUGCCCCUGUCGCAUUGAAACUUGUUCGGCCAUCAAGGGAACGGGCAGAAAGAUAGACCCCAGCAUCAAGAACGGAAUCAAGUGGCUGUGUGGAAUGAUCGACCACAACUGGGAGAAAUUCCAUGGGCGAGUGGAAAGUGACAUGGAGGAGCAAAGAAAGAAACGAGAAGCGGAGCUAGAAGCCAGGAGGGAGAGGGUCAAGAAACUAAGAGAAGAAAGGGAAAGGAAAGAGCGUGAAGAAAAUGAACGCCUCGGCAUUGUAACUCAGGAAGAUGAAGAGGAUGACGUAGAGGUCAUGGAUGGCGGACCAUUCAGACGGGUAGAUGUACGGGAACUAGAGAGAAAGGAAAGAAAAAUGAAAGAAGAGAAAAAGAAGAAGAAAGAAAAACAGAGACAUCACAAUGAGGAUGAUGAACAUGAGGAGGGGUCUGAUUCAGAAAUUCCUCGAUCUAACCGAUCCUCAAAACGCCUCAACCUCUACAGCGAUUCUCCAUUAUAUGCAAAUUCUCUCAAUAACAACAACCACAAAAACGGGUCAAACGAGGUGGAGGAUGAGGAUGAAUUUCUGGUUCAAAAGAGGGACACGCCUCGACUACCUCCUUUACAGAGACCGAUAGGAACCAAAUUCAAUGAGGAGUCUCCAGUCAGGAAACUGAAAAAGAAGAAAAAGAAACCAAAACUUAAAGCCUUGAAGGAAAACUUGGAAGAAGACAACCCAGAUGCUGUGGAGAAUGAAAUGUCGAACUAUAGAACUACCUCUGGUGAAUUGAUGGAUGAUCAAAGGGAAGGAAAUUUAAGCAUGUUUCAUAAGGAGUCAAUGAAUUCUCUGUCGAAUAUCGAAGUCAAUGCAAUAUCCUCAUUCCGUCGUGCACAAAACGAAUACACAAACGGGGGAUACAGCAUGGAGUCCUUAGAAGAGGAAGAGGGGAAGAAAAGUCGAAAGAAGAAAAAGAAAGGGAGCAAAAAGAAGCUCAGAGAGGAGGAGUCGGUCAAUGGGUACGGACACGACUUGGCUACCCCUCGGACGCUGGCCGGCGAGGAAGGGACAGAUGAUGAACUCACACCCAGGAGAGAGAGACUGAAGAGGGCAAACGCAAUGGAAGAAGAGGGGACAGAGUUGCGAACCAAUCGCAAAAAGAAGACCUACAUCAGGAGCAACAAAACCUACCCCUCGGACGAUGAGUCCCUCUCAGGGGAGACCCCACGGGACAAAGACUUCUCAUGGACCAUGAACCCAAUGGGGAAACCCUUCUCCCCAAGAGGGGGGCCCGUCAAAACUUCUCAUACCAACUGGGGGAAAAAUAAAAAUACUCCUCGCGACAUUGACUUGUCUAUUUCUUCCACUCGCAACUGGGGACUGGCAGAAGAUCUACCUGAAAUCGACGACUCCAUCGUUUCCUCUCGAAGACUUCGAUCCAACGUUGAUGAUGACGAUGAGGUUAUUUAUUAGGAAUUCACAGUGAACAUUUAUAUUCUGUUCAAGAAAAGUACCAGUACUCAAGGAUUUUGUCGUAUUCCAAGUCAAGAAUUCCACUGAAUC